AUAACUAUAUCAGUUUCGCUUUUUAUUACAAUAGUCUGCAGAUUCAGUUUUUGGAACAGGAUUUCGCGUAAACUUUGAAGAUAAGUUAUCUGAUAUUUAAUGAUGAGAUGCCAGCUAAGAACAUCGCAACUUAUAUUACUUUUGUACUUGCCCAAUGGCAAUGACCACGACACAAUGUUCUUUAACAGACGUAUAUACAUCGGCUUUGCUCUGGUUAUCGCGUCCAUUUUAGCAAUAACCAUAGUUUUGAACUCCAGUUAUUGUCCUUUAUCUGACGCUGGCAACAUCAGCGUGGCUAGGAGUACGAUUGAGGCUAUAGUGGAGUGCGAAGAUGUCUAUCUCGAGAAAAAAGUGAAGCAAAGAGGCCAAUUCUUAGUUUUCGAAAAUUUCGUGAUGGCGGAAACUCAGUUCAACUGUGCGGACAGCAUUACCCUGACAGCUCCUGGGGAUUACAGGUUUCUGGAUAACGUUGUGCCUUUGGUGGAGAGAUGGGAGGGACCCAUUAGUGUUGCGUUAUACGCGCCUGGGUCCGAUUUUUUUACAACCCUCCAGUGUAUAGCGUACCUAAGGACUUGUACCACUCCUCUUGUACGCGAGUUGGUGACGUUUCAUUUGUUUUUUGAGUUCGAGCACAUGCCAAAGAAGAAAAACGCAUCACUGAUCAAUAUCUACGAGGACACUUUUAACUGCAGCUUGAAACCUCCUUACGAAGUAUUGAAAGACAAUGACAUGUACAAAGAAAAAAACAACCUGACCUACCCCAUAAAUACGGCUAGGAACAUAGCAAGAACAGCCGCACAAACUCAUUUCGUCUUCCCUUCGGACAUAGAACUCUACCCCACAAGGAACUUCAUUCCAAUGUUUCUAACUUUCAUCAGACAGCACCCGGAAUACGCCCAAAAAGAUUCCAAGAAUGUUUUCGUGUUGCCUAUUUUUGAGGUGAAAGCAAAUGAGAAGGUACCAGAAAACAAGACACAUUUACACGACAUGUUUGAGAAGAAAAAUGCCAUUUUGUUUCACCAAGGGGUCUGUACCCCGUGUCAUAAAAUUCCUGGUCAGGGCGAGUGGUUAGAUGCGGAAGAAACUUCAGAUUUAAAUGUGUUUAACGUGACGAAAAGACAAGGGCCACAUAACAUUUGGGAACCUUUCUUCGUCUGUACCCACAAGGAGCCACUGUGGGAUGAACGACUAAACUGGGAAGGCCAAGGAAACAAAAUGUGUCAGGUAUACGCCCUGUGUAUACAUGACUACGAUUUUAUGGUUCUAGACAACGCGUUUUUGAUCCAUAAGCCAGGAAUUAAAAAGAAAAAAGUUCAGAUGGUGAAGCAUAUGAGCGAGGUCGUAAAGAAUAAUAGAAUACUGUCAAAAAUCCAGAGGGAAAUGCAAGACAUUUUCGGGCCAAAUAAAAACUGCAAGAUACACAAUGUGUUUUAAAAAUAUUUAUUUAUUGAAAUAUGUAGUUCUUAUGAUGAGGACUCGAGUUUUAAAGAUUAAAAAACCUGUGAUAUUACAUGUAUUAUGUAAAUAUUUAUUGUAAUAUUUUUAUUUUUGAUGGAUUAUGGACCUAAAUCCUACAAUUAUGGAGAACUGCGUUUAUUUAUUGAUAAUAUUUAACGAAAUUGUACAGGGUGUAUAACAUUUUCUUCAUCCAAUCUUGUUU